AUGAAGUCAUUGAUUUGGGCACUACCUUUUAUUCCGUUGGCAUAUGCGAAUGGCAAUUCUUCAUCAUGUCGCUGCCAACCACACCAGAGCUGCUGGCCCUCUGAACAAGAGUGGAACUCUCUCAACAGUUCCAUCAACGGAAACCUAGUGGCAGUACAGCCUAUCGCAGCCGUCUGCCAUGAAGGUGACUGGGAUAGUUCAGCCUGUAAGGAAGUCAUGGCGUCCUGGACUAACUCGACCUGGCGAGCAGCGCAGCCCGGUGCCGUGCAAUGGGAAAACUGGGAGUCUUGGCCGGAGCAUAAUCAAACAUGCUACAUCGAGAGUCCACGAAACACACCAUGUGGGCAGGGCCAGAUCUCCCUCUAUUCGACACUCGCCAAAUCAGCAUUCGAUAUCCAGGAGACGGUGAAGUUCGCAAAGCAACAUAACCUUCGUCUCGCGAUCAAGAACUCAGGGCAUGAUUUCCUGGGCCGUGCUUCCGCCCCAGAGUCACUGCAAAUCCUUACUAAUGGGAUGAAGGAUAUUAAGAUGGUGGACAAGUUCACUCCUGCUGGUGCCCCACAGGGUAAAGAUGAAGGACAAGCGGUUACGAUAGCCGCCGGUGUCAGUCUGCAGGAGUUGUACGCUGCUGUCGCCGCGAAUAAUAGAACCGUUGUUGCUGGAUCUGCCCACACGGUUGGUGCUGCAGGCGGGUAUAUUCAAGGUGGUGGACAUUCUGCCCUGGGGCCAUGGAAGGGGAUGGCUUCGGAUAAUGCGCUUGAGUUCACCAUUGUGACUGCCAAUGGAGAUCUAGUCGUAGCAAACGAGUACCAGAACAAAGACCUAUUCUGGGCUCUCCGAGGCGGAGGUGGAGGGACCUUUGGAGUUGUCGUGAGCGUUACAGUCCGUACAUUCGACGACGCACCCCUCAUCCUAGUCAACUUCAACAUCACAACCUCAGCGGGGAAUCCUCAAUACUGGGAUGCCGUGACGACGUUCCACGCAUCUCUUCCAAAGAUAAACGACGCCAAAGGCGGCGGAUAUUACUGGAUUGCUCCGGAUACCGAAUUAACGGAGAACACCAGCGUCUCAGCAAUAACCCAAACAUUCAUUUUUCCUAAUCAAACAGACACAGCACAGAUUGACCGUCUUUAUGCCCCUCUCAUUUCGAAACUGAACGGUACCACGGGUGUAUAUACCCAAUACGCCUCUUACCCAAUCCCGAGCGUUGGCUUCCUCUUUUCCAAGAUCUUCCUCACUGGAAACUCCGACCUAGCGGGUGGCACGGGCUUAUUAGGCUCGAGGCUCUUCUCCAGGGACCUCUUAUCAUCCAACAAUGGGUCCAAGAAACUAAGUUCCGCACUGCGCUCUAUCCGCGUCGACCCCGGCUCAGCCAUACUCGGCCAUCUCGUAGCUGGCGGCGCCGUAGCAGACAACGCAGGAAAGGUAGACAGUGCGCUCAAUCCUGCGUGGAGGAAAGCAAUUACCCAUAUCGUUAUCCCCAGGGGCUGGGAGCCGAAUGCCACUUUGGCAGAGCAGGAGGCCGUGAAAAAGAACCUCACUGAUGUGGAAAUACCGAUCCUGAGAUCUGUCGAGGGGACCGAUAAGAUGGGCGCUUAUUUGAAUGAGGCAAAUGCUUAUGAGUCGGAGUUUCAGAGUUCGUUCUGGGGAGAGAAUUAUCAGCGUCUGCUGGAGGUCAAAAAGAAAUGGGAUCCUGAGAGUCUGUUUGUUGUGAGAAGAGGUGUUGGGAGUGAAGAGUGGGAUGAAUGGGGUCUUUGUCGGGCUGCGAAGUAG